AUGGGCUACCCCGAUACUUUCCAAGGUCUCUGCGUCGACGGGCCAGAAACAUGGAACACGUUCCAUAAAUCAGAACUGAAGCCAAAGCCAUUUGGCGACCACGACGUCGACGUCGAAAUCGCAGCGUGCAGCAUCUGCAGCUCGGACCUUCACACCGUCACCGGCGGAUGGGGCGACUACAAAGGGCCUCUCUGCGUCGGCCACGAAGUAGUAGGAAAGGCCGUCAAGGUCGGGCAGCACGUCAAGGACUUGAAGGUCGGCGACCGCGUGGGCGUCGGUGCCCAGGUCUGGGCCUGCCUCGAGUGCGAUCUCUGCAAGGACAAGAACGAGAACUACUGCCCGAAACUCGUGGAUACAUACAACGCCCAGUAUCCCGACGGCAGCUGGGCUCACGGUGGAUUCGCAUCGCACAUCCGAGCCCACGAAUACUUCACCUUCAAGAUCCCAGAUGCGCUGGAGACCAAUGUGGCGGCUCCGUUGCUCUGCGCAGGCAUCACGACAUACUCGCCCAUGGUCCGCGCCCAUGUCGGACCCGGAAAACGCGUUGGCGUCGUUGGAAUCGGAGGCCUGGGCCAUCUUGCCUUGCAAUGGGCCGUGGCUCUCGGCGCAGAGACGUACGCGCUCACCCAUUCUCCUGACAAGAAGGACGACUGCAAGCAGCUGGGCGCCAAGGACGUCAUUCUCACGACGGAGAAGGGCUGGAAUGAGCCUUGGAAGGCCAAGUUUGACUUUGUCAUGAAUUGCGCCGAUGCCACCAACAAGUUCGACAUGUCUGCGUACCUGUCGAUCCUCAAGCCGGGAGCGGACUUUCACAUGGUCGGCAUUCCGGACAAGCCGCUCCCAGAAAUGCCGGCCGGUCUCUUCGCCGGCGGGGCUCCCAAGUUGACUGGUAGUCAUCUUGGAAAUCACCAAGAAAUGGACGCGCUUCUCAAACUUGCCGCCGAGAAGGGUGUCAAGCCGUGGGUUGAGCUUAUGCCUAUCUCGGAGAAGAACUGCGGAGAGGCCUUUCAGAGACAAAAGGAUAACAAGUUUAGGUACCGAUGCACUCUUACGGAAUUUGACAAGGCGUUUCCAAAGGCCUAG